UGGCAGACCUGUUUCAACAUGUCAAAUUCUCCACCCGUUUCGCUUACGUGGAUACCGUUUGACUUUAUUCUACUUUAUUCUGCGUAACAUAUUUUGGAGUACUUUAUCUGUGACUUCUUUCUGCGAUAAACAAUAUAAAUACGAAAAAUAGCGCAAACCGCGGCUUAAAAGACGGGCAGUAGUUAAAGUAACCGAAUUUGCAGUAGAAAAUGUACCGAUCGACCAUUCUUGAGUCUGAAUAGUGUAAAAAGACUUACUUGUAAAUGCAGGUAGCAUUCGUUUGUCUGUCAAUAUAAUUGCCUAAAACAUCGAAUCUUUGUGAUACUGGACAAAAACACUGUGAUCAAUUUACAGUCUGGGUUUUCAACUGCAGAUAUGUCGUCCAGGAUGAAUCUGAAGGAUAAAUUACAAGACGAUACUUUGGAUCUGAGCAUGUCAGACCUUCAGGAAGUACCUGUAAAAGACAUUGCUGUAAUCAGAAAAGCAUCCCACUUGGAUCUCUCGAACAACAGGCUGGUCUCUUUGCCCAAAACAUUUGCCACAUUAACACACAUAGUCAAGCUGGAUCUGAGCAAAAACCAAUUGACAGAGUUGCCGGAAAAUUUUGGAGAUAUGCGCCAACUCAAAUAUCUUGAUCUCUACAGUAAUAAUAUAAGUCGAUUACCAUUGAGCUUAGGUGAGCUAAAGAAUUUAAAGUGGCUGGAUUUAAAGGAAAACCCUCUCACACCAGGCGUAGCUAGUGUUGCCGGAUUGUGCAGUAAUGCCAAAGAAUGCCAAGCUUGCGCUCGCAAUGUUGUUGCGUAUUUAUCUAGUGCAAAACGAGCUAUUGACGAGGAACAACAGCGUAGGAUAAUCGCAAUUGCAGCAGUUGAAGCAGAGAAAGGUGCGGCACCUACGAAAAAAGAUGGGAAAAAGAAGAAGAAAAAAGCAGAACAUAAGGAGAGCAGAUCGCAAUUAGAUAGGGAAAAUUCGGCAGGCCUUAAGUCGGACCGACAAAAGACCAAUGGGCAUACAUCUGCACUAAGACUGAAGUCCGAGUAUAAAAAUACUUACGGAUUAUCAUCUUCGCCGAGAGAUGGAAUUGCAGGUAGACUGUGCAGAGGUUUGAUCAAACUGUUCUUCUGGUUGAUAGCGAUAAGUAUUCUUGUUGUAUUAGGGCUUGUGUCAUUGCCCUUGUUUGACAAGAAACGGGCGGAUUCUAUUUCCGAUUACUUGGAGCUCCAAACGGGACAGCCAGUUCGGUAUUACCAACAAUCAAGUAGUGAAUAUUUAGACAAAUUUAUUGACAAUGUUAUUCUAUGGACUGAACAAGCACAAAUCGUUUUGAAAGAAAUUUAUUCCAAGUAUUUUGCUAUUGGGAGUAGUUUGAAAAACGAUUUAUAAGUAUUUGACGUAAAUUUAUAUAUUUCGUCGAAAAUGCACGAUUAAAGUUUACAUUUAUCUACAAUUGUUGAUAUUGGCAAGUUA